UUAUGGUCCUCGCGUCUCCUCUCUCACCUUAACCCUUCGCCACAGAUGACCUCAGGGCGGUGGAAUUCCCUAUGCGUCCUUCGUCUCAUCCUCAUCGCCUCUUUCAUCACCUCCAUCUCGUGCUACGGAGAAACCAUGGGCGGUUCCGUCCUUCUCCGAGGCAGGUGGGGAGAGGAGGCCGAGUUCUUUGAUUACGCCGGGGAGGCGUCGAGCUGCCCGUCGACGGACCCCUCCCUCUACUACCUUCCGGUAAUCGGGAUCGUGACCCACCCGGGGGACGGCGCCUCCGGCCGGCUCAGCAAUGUCACUAGCGCAUCCAACAUCCCGGCCUCCUACGUCAAGUUCGUCGAGUCCGCAGGGGCCCGGGUCAUCCCUCUCAUAUAUAACGAGCCCGAGGAGACCCUCCUGGACGUAGGACCGUUCCUUCUCUCUUUCCUUCUUCCUAACUCGGUUUCUCAGUCGAAGAAACUUAGGAAGUUGAGUUUGGUUAAUGGCGUAUUAUUCACCGGCGGAUGGGCUAAGAAGGGAUUGUACUUUGAGACCAUAACGAAACUGUUUCAGGUAACUUUGGAGAGAAAUGACGCAGGGGACCAUUUUCCCCUGUUUGCAAUUUGUUUAGGGUUUGAGCUUGUAAGCAUGAUUAUAAGCAACGACUGCGAUAUAUGUGAGAGAUUUAAAGGAGAGAAUCAAGCGUCCACUCUUUAUUUUCCAGAUUAUGCAGAAAUUAAAGGGUCUGUUUUUGAGAGAUUCCCACUUGAAUUAUUAUGGAAGUUAAGCACAGAAUGUCUUGCCAUGCAAAAUCAUAAAUAUGGUUUAUCACCUAAGAGGUUGCAAGAUAAUGUUGCGCUUUCAAGCUUUUUCAGGAUUUUGACAACAUCGAAGGAUGAAAAUGUGCAGGAUUAUGUUUCAACCGCACAAGCAUAUAACUAUCCUGUGACUGGCUUCCAGUGGCAUCCAGAGAAAAAUGCUUUUGAAUGGGGAUUAUCAAUGAUACCACAUAGUGAGGAUGCAGUGCGAGUAACUCAACAUGUCGCGAAUUACUUAAUAAGCGAGGCACGAAAAUCCUCAAACAGACCUCCCACUGAGAAAGUUCUGGACAAUCUCAUAUACAAUUAUAGCCCCACUUACUGCGGGAAGGCUGGGAGAGGAUACGAUGAAGUCUACAUCUUCUCUUAAUCCUGGAAGCCAUCGCUAUAUAACAAGUCAUCCUUGAUAGAUGCUUGCUUCAUUGUUGUGUACACAAGGCUUAUGCCCGAUAACUUGGAUGCGACAUUUACAGAAAAGCCCCUUUUCACAGGGUGGAAUGUAAAUAAAAUAAACAUUAAUGGCAAUGCCGUCAUAGGAUAUCAUAGAACA